AUGAGUACACGUCCGAGUCCAGCUUAUAAACGUGCAACCGACAGUUUCUAUCAGCUGUGGGGCAAUAUCAAGCAAAAUGUAUCACAACAAUCACAAUUAAAGGCGGCAAUUUACAAUUUGGUGAUAGCAGCAGUGGUUGCAUCGUGUGUUGGAGCAUGUUUGGUGUUGGGCCCAUUCUUGAAACCAUUGAUAUGGGCAUUAUUGGUGGGUGCGGUGCUAUUUCCAUUCAAAUAUACACUGUCUUCGUCGCUAAAGUGCUGGUUUGAUCGGCUCGAGGCCGAGGAUACACAUCUGCUGGUCGGUGUUAUGCUGGCCCCGUUGGAAGCGCUCGAAUCGUUUGGCGAAUAUCUGUGGACAUCGAUCGUUAAGCAUGUGCAUUUGCUGAUCGGUGGAAGUGUUGGCUUAGUGUUUUUGCGAUUGUUCAUCGCUUAUGCGCCGAAAGGUGUGUUUUGCAUGCUCUGGCGAUACAUUCGAUGGUGUCACGAAUUGUGCAGCAACGUCCUCAGCUCACUUGACUAUAAAAUUGUGAUUGCAAUUUUAAUCGGAUAUUUCUUAAUCGUAAUGGUUUACUGGACGAAAUCCAAGUCAUUUUACUUUGUAUUGGCUGGUCAAAGCAUCUGGUUUUUGCUCUUGGCAUAUGUUUGCAGUUUUUUGGGUGCGUUGCAGGUUCCCCUUUUUAUAAUCGCUUUAACCUAUUCAGCCGCCGGUUUUGUUUACAACAUGAAGUACAGCGAAGAAAUGGACGAAAUCAACAUACACGAAACGAAAAAUCAAUCGAUGCUGGAAAGAUGUGCACAUUUUUGGGAUUCGCCCAUCAUUAAAUCAACGCCAAAUCGUCAACAAACGGUCAGCCAGACCGUUCAACCAUCCAAUGUUCAAUCGAUCUCAUCACCAACCACCACAUUCGCUCCCGACGAAGUGGUCGAUCCAACGGUCAUACUCAAAAAUAAGCUUGAGCUCAAUUUGAAAACGGCCGGUGCUAAAACAACACCACCGGAAGCAGACAAUCAAUCAACCAAAUCCCAAAGUGCCAUCUAUUUCAAAGGGCUUUUUAUGGCCUGUUUAGUUACCAUUUUGUAUAAGCAACUAUUUGUACUGGCGUUGAGUUUCAUCCCGAUUCUAUUGUACUUUGCAAUGAAUUUGAUCGUCACAUUUGGCAUCAAAGAGUAUCUCGGCACAGCAAUUGCCGAUUUAUAUGCUCAAGUACAAGAUUGGAUUUACCAAAGGCAAUCUGCUCUCCUCCCAUUAUGUUUACCCGGCAUACUUAAGCUGAAUAGCAAAGUGCAUACUUACGUUCGAAUCACAUUUCGAGAUUCCGUUGAUACCGCAUCAUCAAUUCUUGUGAUAAUUUUAUUGAUAUUAUUGGUGAUAUUUGCCAGUGUGUUUUGUGCCGUCGAAAUUUAUUCGGAAGCAAUAACUGUGGUUCAACUUGGCAGCGAUGUGGUUAACUAUACCAUUAACCAUCGUCCGGAAUUAAUGACCAUGUUCCCAGAAGGAAUGGUUGAUUCGAUGGACGAUAUCAUAGAAAACGCUUAUGAAUACGGACGAAAUGGCAUUGAAACGUAUGUGGAUAAGUUUCUCAAAGAUGCUGAUCAAGAGCAACGUCGCAAAUUGAAGCAACAAAUUCUCGUCAUUUGGGAUCGAAUCAUUCAGUAUUGGAUGGAUAAAAAGACGGACAAAGCGCAUGGGCCAAGUGUAUCACCUGUGGCGAUUACCGAUUCAAUUGGUGAAAUCGUCUAUAACGAAGAACUUUUUUCAGCCGCUCAACAAGGUGUGAUCAGUUUAAUCAAAUCAAACAUUGGCACACUACUCGAGGUGACCGAUUCCAUUUGGUUGAUUGUUAAACAGAAUCUAAAUGUACUGGUUACGAUAUUCGGCUCAUUGUUUUCAUUGCUAUUGGGCGGCGGAAAUGCUGUUAUCACAUUCUUCAUCAAUGCGAUUAUCUUUUUGACGGCUCUCUUCUAUUUGCUCAGCAAUAGCGAUGAAAAGUACUAUCCAUUGGCAGCGACCAACUAUUUGGGCUUUGCGUCUGGUCCACGGAUUGCUGAAGCGAUCGAAACAUCUGUUUCAAGUGUUUUAAUAGCAAGUGCCAAGCUGGCACUGUUUCAUGGCCUUUUUAUGUGGUUCACACAUACGAUAUUCGGUGCUCGCGUUGUAUUUUUACCAGCUGCUUUUGCUGCAAUUUUGGCCGCUGUCCCCUUUUUGGGCACCUAUUGGUGUAGCUUGCCGGCAUUUUUAGAUCUUUGGUUGAUUCAAGAUCGUUUCGUGCUUGGCAUUAUACUCGUUGCGAUUCAUGUCAUUUUCCCGACAACAUUCGUCGAUCCAGCCAUUUAUGCCGAUGUCAGCGGCGGAGGCCAUGCAUAUUUGACUGGUCUAUCGAUAGCUGGCGGCAUGUUUUUACUCGGUUGGGAGGGUGCAAUAUUUGGACCGAUUCUACUUUGCUUAGUCGUAGUUAUCUUCAAUCUAAUGACUAAUGCACUCAAAGACACACCGUCCACACCAAACCCACGAGGUCAAAAUAAUGAAUUUCGUGCUGCGAAUCGUCGAUAUUCGACAUUUGAUAUAAAUUAAAUAUUGAUCUCGAGUUCAAAUGAUGUACCAAUGAAAAACAAAUGAAAACAAAUCCAAGGAGCACACGUGAUUUUAGCGAAAAUGAGGGAAAAUAAUAACACACAAACCAAACAUGGGCAUUCCAUUGAGUUUCAUUUCAUUCUAUUGCUUGACAUUUUUAUUGUUUUGCGUCAAUCAAUGCUAUUGUUAACACAUGAACAUUUUGCUUUUUUGUAUAAAUUAAAUUGCUGUUUCACAGUAAUCUCAGAACGUUAGCUUACAACUUCUCGUUUUUUUUUUUAAUAUGUAUUAUUAAAUUAUCAAUAAAGGACUAAUUUAUUGAACUGCAAUAAAAUAAA